UGACAUAGGAAAGCUACGGAUUACUGUAAAUUUCAUUUUCCCACAGUUUUCAAAUAUACGUAUACAUACGGUCGAAGUUUCUAGAAGAUUUGAUGAAUUUACCGGUGCCGGAAAUGAAAAAGCCCGACGGAAAUCCGGCGAAGUACGAUUUAGAGCAUCGGUACAAGGGAGAUGACUCAUGGUACGGUGUGCUAGUGACGGUGGACGGUGAAACGAUGACGGUGAAGUUCGAGGGAUAUCCGGAAAAAUUCGAUGUGAAAUUCCUUGCUGAUGACUUGAAAUCGAAGGAGGAAAUGGAUGAAUUCGUUAGGAGGUUUAGGAAUGUUUCGCCACAGCUGCAGGAUAAUGAAUGCAGUAGUGUUAAGGAAGGGAUGAUUGUCUGUGCGGCUUGUAAUGCUUUUGGCAAAGAUGAUAUGCUCUUCUACGAUGCCGUUGUUGAAGCGAUACACAAAAAGAACCAUACAUUUCACAAUGGAGUGGAGGAGUGCACAUGUACCUUUGUACUAUCCUGGCUUCAUGGCCCAAAGAAGGAUGACUUGGCUAAUUCUGGAAUUGAAGGCAUAUGUAUCAUAAAAGGCACAACCCAAGUUGAUCCUAGAAUAUCCUCCUUCUUGGAAUUGGUAAACCAGAAACACAGAAAGUCUUCUUGCAAGUCAACUUCUACAUCUGAGCAAGACAAUUCAGCAUCCAAAGGAUCGUCUCGUACAAAAAGAGUCAGAUAUUCGUCUUCUGAACAAAAGUCAGAUUCAUCCGUUAAGGGGAUUAGCAGUGCCAGGAAUGCGGUUGACGUGAGAUGUACAACAGAAGCAACAGACUAUAGCAGGCAUAGGGAUCAUGAUAAAGAUCUAGGAGGGCAAUGCUCAAAUUAUCAUCUCAUGCUAGUCGAGAACUUGGAGAGAACCUUGUUCCCUUCGUCAUUGAGAGAUUUCAUACAUAAGCACACUUCUGUUUGGUCACAAGCAUAUAUUUACCCGUGCCCGUCAUAUAUGCCCUAUGCACGAGGCAUCAUCGUGGUAGAUUGUGAAGAGAAGCUUAAAAAAAUAAACCGGUUUUUGGACAAUCCAGCGCACCUUGUUGUGUCCUCAAAGGGAAGGCCGAUGGUUAUAAGUGAAAUAGAUAUGAGACAAUCCAUGAUUAAGACAUCGCUUGGGAGCUUAAUGUACAGUUCCCAGGAUGUAUAUCAGGCAAAAAGUAUCUGCCAAGACUUGAUAAUAGUAAAAACAGGAACUGAAGCAUACAGAAAAGCAAAGCAGGCAAAAGAUUUAUUUUUGGAGUUUGUAAGUCAUCAACAGAGACUCUAUAAGAAGUUAGCUUUGGAAGAGCAGAAUCUCGAUAUUGAACCAAGUGAAAGUGCGCUUUUAGUCGCGGCUCAUAAUCGAGAAAAAGUGAAAGAACUCAAAACUAAGCUUGAAGUACUCGAUGCCAUAGAAAACAUUGAAAUUGCUAAGAACCAAUCAUACGAUGAAAUGAUUAAUGCUAGAUCGAAAGGUUGGUGGGAGUCGAUUGAGCGGCUUAAUGCAAAUGAAGUGUCAACUUAUGAGACUUGGUUGAAGACUAUUGCUUUUAAUGUGCAAAAUCGAUUGAAUCAAAUGGAAGUUGGAGCUUCAUCCUCAGAUUUGGGAUUUAAUGGUUGAAACAAAAUUAAAAUUAAUUAUCAGUUAUGGAAGGUGAACCCAUUUUAAAGUUUUA